AUGCAUCAUUGCAGCAUAGACAUAACGCUCCAUUCUCAGUUGGAUGUCGAAGAGCUUCCUGAGUAUCACCCCGAUCCCAGAGAUGACCACGGGAUUACAAGAUUUAUGCCAAAGCUUUUCGAAAGCAGGACGUCAACAUGUAGUGUGUUUGUACCCGCUUUACCAGGCACCGCGUUCUGGAUAAGCUAUGCCGUUUCGCCGCCAGUUCCCGAUGAGCAUUACUUCUUCUUCAAGCUAUAUAUCGACGGCGCGCACAUUGUGAGUUGGUCAACUGGAAAAGCAGAGGGCUGGCGAGGGAAAACUAUGUUUGGCUUAUUUGAGAGCUCCGAAGAUGCAGAGGGAGUAAAGAGGAUCGAGAAACGUAUGCUGUGCUUCGCACCGCCGAGGGAAAAUGAUAAACACCGGGUAGGCAUGGUGGAUAUCUUUGAUGAGACAGCUUGCGUGGAGAUACGAGUGCAUCGUGCACAUGCCAGAAAGCGGAUUCAGAGGCAGGUAGAGAUGUACGAGGAUACACAGCAUGCAAAGGAGGGCAGAGGGAUCAACCUCGUCAGCGCUGGACGGGCCGGGCCAGAACAACCUAAACGCUUCUAUAAAUUCGCCCUUAUCGAUCCGGCGGACCGACCUUUCGCAACUUUCCGAUACUAUUACCGUACUCGGGACCAACUACGAGACUUGGGGGUGCUUCGCUCAGAACAUAACGGGGUUGGGGAAGAUAAUGACCUUUCGGUGAUCGAGCCACAUGGCGCAAGCAUACACAGCAUCAGUACAGACCAGGAGACCUACAGUUCCGUCAACAGUGGACUGCAGAAUGAUUUUGACAUCGAUAAAGGAGAAAUCGGUGCAACAAAAAACCGGAAUACAAUCAGCAAUAGAGAUACGUCAGCGACAACUGCCCGUACCUCUCGUAGAGAAACAUUCAAGUGGCAGCCGCGUACAUACAUCCCGCACGGUACCCCCAGCCCCAGGGUAGAGGAGCUAGGUGAACAGUCCAACGAGCAAGCGUUACAGAGGGAUAACUUCAUGCCCAAACCACCACCAUCUUACCGUCUGUCUAUCCCACCUUCUAUCAAGCUAGAACCUACAAAGCAGACUAUUCGACUACUCCCCAGUCUUCCACAAAGAAAUGUUUCUCCGGUGCAUCCCAUUUACUAUCCCGAUCCAGUGUGUGCCAUGGGCGACCGGACUAUACGUACUCCUAGUCCUGUGAAACCGCUGGAAGAAGAGAUACCCACAUCGUCAUCAAAGAAACGAACAGGGCGAGGUCGCAUGGCGUCUUCGUUGAGGAGCGCCAUUGCGUCUGUAUGGAAGCAUCGAAGUCCACAAACACCACGUGCAGCAGCAUCGACUAACAACGCGGAGGCCUCGCCUGGGUUACAAUAG